GUCCUCUUCAAACACGGUCGUGGUGCUGCUUUCACUGGCAGCCGACGCCGGGGGGGACAUGGUGCUGAUCAGCUAUUGACGAUAAUGACAGGGCGUGGAGUGCCUCGCUGAGACCAGCUAGACGCUUCGAGGAGGCGAGAAAAAAAUCCCAAAACGUGUGGAAAGACGCAUUCUGGACACAGGAUGCGGUCGCUUGAAGAUGGAUACGCGAGCCUAGGAAAGCCCGCAUCCCACCUCCCUCCCCGCUUCCGGUGUGUAGCAGAACAUGAGGCGCCGUUUGGGGUUUAUGGAGACUUGCCACGGUGGGUGUCCAUGGGUACUUCGAGGGGAGGCAGGAGGCAGGUACACGGUAAGGGUGGCAUGGCCCAUCCAAAUAUCGAUAUGUCGAUACGAAAGGUCGCGUCGCAAUUGAUACCAGACCGAUGCGGUCGAUGUUUUUCCGUUGUCGUCUAAAUGUAUUUUUCCACAAAUACCAGAUGUUUCAGUAAUUGCUGUGACACGGAGAAGGCGUAGGAUUGAAUAAGCUGUGCUUCUUCCUUCUCCUUUUUGGACAUGUUGAAUUGUGCAACUGUAGUCAUGUGAUGUACCUCAAUGUAACCUUGGAUGCAUUUUCCAAACAAACAAAACCAUUACCGUUACUAUUACAUCGUCUUAUAGCAGUGGUUCUCAAUACUUUUCUAUCAUGCCCCCUCAGUGGACAGAAUUUUUUUCGAUACCUGCCCUGCAUGCACUUGGUAUCGGAUUGAUACCAAACUUUCCAGUACUGCUCAGCCAUAGUCCACAGAAGAGACUGUUGCAGAAAUAAUUGAAGAAAAAGUCCACCCAAAAAUAGUAGUCUUAAGGGAGGAGUUAAAUUUAGUCAAACUUGCUAUCGUAAAUGUGUUAAAAUGUGUAAUGUUGAACACAGAGAAGAGUAGAUCCAUGCAUUUAUCUUGAAUCAUCUUAAUUUAGAAGCUUAAUGUAUGACAUGUUCAUGGAUCGUUUUGAAUAAUGUUGAUUAGCAUACCAUACAGGUGGAAAUGAAUUGCUAGUCUGACUGCAGGGUACAUACUAUUAACAUAGCAUGUAGUUGUAGUAAUGAUAAUGUACAAGCUAACAGAGAUUAUAUUAUAACACAACUGAACCAAAUUUCAGAGGUAUAUACAGGAAGCUUCUUCCAUCGGGGUAAAAACAGUACUGUAAAACAGUAUUCCUGUUUGUCUCCUUUUCAAUAUUCAGAUACUGUCCUCCGUUAUCCUUGUGACAUCAAUUUACCUUAAAUGUGGACUAAUCUGCAACAAUAUUAGUUACAUGUGCACAAUCUAAUCAGGUCCAACACAGAAACAGAAACUAAAAUGCAUAUACUCUAGCAUCCUCUUCAUAAAAGAGAGUGAACAAUUAUAUAGGGAACUACAAAUGAUGAGAGGAGCAGCCAGCAUCAUCAAAUAUAAUUAGAAAGAAAUACAAAAACAUGUCAAUUAGUCCAGCUACUGUAUUGCAUGCACCAUGCAGACCUACUGUAUACAUCCAUCCAUUUGCUAUAUGACUUGUCGUCUUUAGGGUCACAGGAGAGCUGGAGCCUACCUCGGCUGAGCCACAAAAGUUGAAUGCAGGCAACUGGACAUUUUCUUGUUAGAUGAAGACAUUUCAGUUACAUCAAAAAGGCCUCUUCAGUUCUGAAUAUUUUGGUGCCGAGUUCCCAUAGUUACGUCUCGGGUGGGUGUGUCCCCUGGGAGGUGUUCACAUGUGAGUGCUUGGUUGCCAGGUAUAACUAGUCAACAUCAUCACAUAUGCAAUCUGGAGCGAGGUAGCUUCUGUCUUCGCAUCCGGUUGUAGUCGUUCCCUGACUGCUGCAUUGAUGGGGGGGAUGAUGAAUGAUAACAUGGCUGUGUCUCACACAUUUCAACUCUUACACACUUAGCAUUUUCAGUGCAUAAGUGUAACGGAUGCCAGCCUGUGAGGCUGUGCAAGUGUAUGUUGGUAAACCUCACUCCCUCUGCCUUAAGAGCUGCGCUGAACACGCGGUCGACAGUCCGUCCGUGCUUUUGGCCGUGUGGUCAGCGCUCUCGCCUCCCAUUGCGAAGGUCCUGUGUUCGAGACCCGGUGCGGGCGGUGCGAAACAGGGCAGGUUACAUAAGUACUUUCACAAGUAUGGCAAAGUGAAAAGUGUUGAGUGUACAGCGAUGGACUUUAAUCACCCUCAGUCAUGGCCAUCUUGGCUGCAUAGCAGAAGGGAAGGGACUAAUUCCAGUGGUUGCGAUCCACAAUUAAAAGUAAGUGCAAUGACAGAAAUGGAUUUGAGACGGCACUACACUGUCAAAAGUCACAGUGUACUUAGCACACAUGCGCCUAAGUCUUUCAUGUGAGACAGCCCAUUAUUUGGUCCGGAGAUAUCCGAGGGUUCUGAAUCUCGGUGGAGUCUGUGGAGUUGUGGACAUGAUGUGGGGUAUUUCCAACUAGCGGUGUCAGAGGGGUGGCUAGGUGUUUGUCAGUGUUGUUAGGGGGGUUGAUUCUGCUGACAGUUGGCCUUAGUGGAGCUCCUUCAUUAUUCAUUUUUUAGGCAGUCUGUAAUGCGAUAAUGUGUGUCGGUCAACACCUUCCUCCUUUUCCAGCUCCUGAAGACAUGCAAUGAUUUUCUUUAUAUGUCCACUGAUGGGAUCUGCUUGUAAGAUUGCAAUGUUGUGGUCCUUCUUCAGGGAUGCCCCUGCUUUCCUUUUAUGAGUAUUAAGGUUCUAGGGAUGUACCUUGGCGCUGGAGAAAGCUGCUGAUGCCUUAAACCUAACAUGUACUGCUUCAGCUUCAGGUAAGUGGUUCUUUUUGAUGGCUGUGAUGAAGUCCACUAUUGGGAGUUGUUUAUUUUUCCGUCAUCCAGCCACACCUGGAAACAAAGGAUUUACAUCUGACACCCCGCAAGGGACACGCCCACCGGAGACAUAAAGAUGGAAACUCUGCAUCAAAACACUGAGAACUGAAGAAGCCUUUUGGAUGAAAGGUAAACCAUCUUCAACUAACAAGAAGUUCAGUGGCCUCCAUCCAACGUUUGCGAGUACCGUGACCUGGAUGACUGAGAAUCUACACAUCGACAUUAACAUCCCAACUGAUUUCAGGUCUCCUUUUGUGAUGACGAAGGGGUCCCUUAAAGAAAGAGGGAAUAUGUGUUACGGCGAAAUGACUUCAUCUGAAAGAGACGUUGUUGUAAAGAACCAUAGAUGAUAUCAAAUGUCAUGACAAGGAUUCAUUUAACAAACUCAAGAUAUUGAUCCGCGUGUUGCUGAAGAGUAUCUCUCUCUUGGCACUAGCGUACAAAAGCAGGUCAUCGGGUUCACCACCGUUCUCCUCCAGAGGAGGUUCCACCACCAAGCCACUCAGGUGGCUGUUAGCCUCACUGGGGGUAGACGAGAUCCUCUGCUGUGCUUCUGGACUGCGCUUGCUCUCGAAGUCCACAGGGUCCGACACUGACCCACACCACGUCGUCUCAUCCUUGAACACCUCGGCCAGCACGCGGCCACUGUUGGCAGACGCCACUCUGAACCUUACUGUCCUCCCACUCUUCUCUUUCUCCUCUUUCACAUGUGACCCUUCCAUUGGAGCACAAAAGGCUUUUCACAUCCCAUUAAAAAAGGACUAGACAUAUUUUAUCAGCCGAAGCCAUUCGGUGCAAUUAUCAAACAAAAGCAGCCUCGCUGACGUGUCAAAAUGGAGUGAAAAUACACAGAGUACACAAACAAGACACUAAACUGAUAAAUAAUAAAUGCAUCUCUGCCAUGGCAACAGUUAAAAUGUGCAAACAGUAAAUUGAUAUCACUGUGUUCAAUAAUUGACUGUGGUUAGUUUCCAAAGAGCAGAUACGUCUGUCUUGUCUUUAGAAGACACACAAGCUGAGCAGAUAGCAACAAUUAGGUGACGAACUACAGAUAACCUUUUGUUUGUGCUCUUUGCCCUGCAUGACUUUUUUUUGACCCCGCAAUCGUAGCUCAAUUGCGACCGAUUAUUCCAUUCUCAACACCAAAAUAAUUGACACAUAAAACAACGAUUAAAAAAAACAGCAAACUAAACAAAUUAAACAACUACAGGUCAAUAGAUAUUGAACAUUGUACAGCAAAUAUGUUGCACUUGCAGUUCCAUUACAAACUACACUAUUCAUUUAGUGUAAUUUAAAUUAAUUUAAAUCAAAAAGUGAAACUCUUCAAUUAUUCACCACACACUAAGUGAAACAUUUCAAGAAUGUAUUUUUUAUUUCCUAAUAAUUUUGAGGAUUAUAGCUCAAAGCUAAUAAAACCCCGGAAUUCAGUCUUUUUUUAAAAAAGUAAAAAAGUUUAAUAUUGUAAACUAUGGCCUCACAGUCAGGAGAUUGUGGGUUUGUAACUCUGUGUGGACUUUGCAUGUUCUCCUCAUGCGUGUGUGGGUUCUAUCUGCGUACUGCAGCUUCCUUCCUACCACAUGUCAAAAACAUGCAUGCUAGGUUAAUUGGAGACUCUAAAUUGUCCAUAGGUGUGAAUGUGUGUGUGAAUGGUGGUUUGUCUAUAUGUGCCCUGUGACUGGCUCUUUCCUGAUGACAGCUGGGAUAGGCUUCGGCCUACCCGUGACCCUAGUGAGGACAGGAAGUGUAGAAAAUGGAUGGAUGGAUUGUAAAUGACUGUUUUCUGUUUACUGUUUCAUCAGCAAAUGAACUGCAACAACGUCCUCUGCCUUUAAUUAGUCUGUUUGUCUUAAUUGAACUACAGCGCUGAGAUUUCCUCGUGUUUGACUUUUAAUUCCGCUCCGGUCCUGUAGAUGGCAGUGGUCUGCCGCUAUUGGCACGGAGGAACAGGCGAGUUUGAGACACACGUGGUGCACCGUGUCAUCAUGGGGAAAAGAAGGAAUAACAAGCAACUUUUCACUAAUCUGUCAAAAAAACAAAAGAAACAUUUAAAAGAAUUUGGAGAGGAGCAUCCAUUCCAUGAUAUAGUCAGUGAAAGGUCUGAAAGGACACAAAUAGUAGACCUGGCACCAAGCCCGGAACACUCUGAUGCUGAGCUGGGUGAUUUGGAGGAGGGAGAGGAUGGAUCAGAGGAGAAAACAGCCUAUCAGAAACUUCUGUCAACUCUUAGCCAACCCAGUCAGAAUGACCAAAGUGAAGAGGAGAGCACUGAUGAGGAAGGCGAUGAAGAAGAAGAGGAGCCCUUUGAAGAAGAAAACAUCAAUGAUGUUGACCAAGAGGACGGUGGUGAUGCUGAGGAGGAAUCAAAAGAUUCAGCGGUAGUUCUAACUCAAGCAUUAGAAGGUGAGAAAGAGGAGCAGGAAGGAGGUGAUGAUUUCAUUGACAAAGAGCAUGAGUCAGAAUUCUGCCUGGAGACCAACUUUAUUGGUGAACGAGGACAAGAAGACAUCAGGGAUGCUGACCAGGACAAAGACAUGUUUUUCCAGCAUUUGGGGACGGAGCUCAGUGAAGAUGAUGUGCAAAAGAUUACAUUAGGCAGUAAUACAAAGACCCAGAUCACGUGGCCAAAAUUUGGCUCACUUAUUUGCACCACUCCCUUGGAGAAUUAUGGUCCCCUCAGCUCACACAAAGACACCAACCUGCCAGCUUUCCAUAAACUCUUGGAAGCCAGUUGGAAGAACCUAAACCAGACUGUAAAUUCCAAGGAGGAAGCAGAUGAAACGAGCGCUCUCCAGUUGGAGCUUUUGGCUAUCAUGGGUACAUAUAAAGACCUCUACUACCCAGAGAACUGCCCUUUGAGAGUGGGCCCGCAGGUGCGAAGCGCGUACUGCCUCCACGCUCUCAACCACGUGCUGAAAGCCAACUCCUGGGUGCUCACUCACAAUGCACAGCUCAGAGAGCAGAAACAGCAGGCUAAGAAAGGAGGAGAGCUACAGCAUGAACCAAGAGACCAAGGUCUGACUCGGCCCAAGGUUCUAAUUCUGGUGCCAUUUCGAGGCGUAGUGCUACAUAUCAUCCAAACUCUCAUCAACUUACUAGAGUGCAAUGGCAAGAAGGUGGUCGUCAGCAACAAGAAAAGGUUCAAGGAGGAGUUUGGACAUGACUCUGAUAACAAACCGCACAGACCAGACGAUUACCACGCCAUCUUCUCUGGCAACGUGGAUGAUCACUUCAGGAUAGGCAUCUCCAUCAUCAGGAGCAGCAUGCGCCUCUAUGCCCCUUUCUACUCCUCAGACAUUAUCGUCGCCUCGCCGCUGGGCCUCCGCACAGUCCUGGGAGCUGAAGGAGAAUAUAAGAGGGACUUUGACUUCCUGUCCUCCAUUGAGAUGCUGGUAGUAGACCAGGCUGAUGUCUUCCUCAUGCAGAACUGGGAACACGUCUUGCACGUGAUGAAACACAUGAACUUGCAGCCGCUGGACGCUCAUGGAGUGGACUUUUCACGGGUUCGAAUGUGGAACCUUAACAACUGGGCUCGACAUUACCGACAAACACUCGUGUUCAGUUCCAUUCAGGACCCACAGAUCAGCAACAUCCUCACCAAACAGUGUGCCAACUACCGCGGACAGGUUUCCAUUAAGAACAUCCCCAAAUCAGGCUCCAUCUGCCAGGUGCUGGUCCAGCUGCCCCACGUGUUCCAGAUGUUCUCUUCUGAUAGCUUCAUGAACCAUGAUGCACGGUUUCAGUACUUUGUAGAUAAAGUGCUGCCCCAGUACAAGGAUUCAGUUAUGUCACACACUCUGAUCUACAUCCCCUCUUACUUUGACUACGUCCGACUGCGCAACUACAUGAAGAAACAGGAGAUUAACUUCGCGAGUGUGUGCGAGUAUUCCAGCAAAUCAGAGGUGUCUCGAGCAAGGCACUUCUUCUUGAAAGGGGAUAAACAGUUCAUGCUCUUCACAGAACGCUUCCACUUCUACAAGAGAUACAUCAUCAAAGGAAUUCAGAACUUGAUAUUUUACGGGCUACCCUCCUUCCCCCACUUCUACAGCGAGGUGUGUAACAUGCUGGCAGCGGGGGGUCAGGCAGAAGAGGCCAGCUGGACUUGCACAGCCCUCUUCUCCCGCUUUGAUGCCCAUAAACUAGCUGCCAUUACGGGCGCCCAGCGAGCCGGACAGAUGCUGCAUUCGAACAAGAGCGUACACCUCUUUAUUACUGGAGGAGAAGAUAAAUCCAGUUAAAAUGAGGACUGUUGGUUCAAACCAUCCAUUCCUGCUCCGGGUCAUAGGUGAGCCGGAACCUACUGUAUGCCAGCUGACUUUGGCCACACCCUGGACUGGUGGCCAGUUAAUUACAGGGCAUUUGUGAAUGUCACUUUCAGUCACCGACUGUUUGUGAUUGUCCCUGCUACUAAAAGCAUGUUUUUAAAACAAGAUUACACAGAUUGGAUAGAUCAGGUUUGAUUGCUGCCAGGAUCGUGUUGCUCAUAUAAAUGCUGCUAACUCUAAGCUUCGUAUUUCAUUGUCUUUUUCACUCAUAUCAGUCAUUGGAGUAUCUAUAAACAUUGCGGAACAAUUGACUAGUUCACAGGUCUCGAUGU